AUGAAUCCGGAGGCCUCCGAUCCAAGGGCCUCAUUGGACAGGCAGAUAGGCAAGUAUUAUAUAUGUAGGAUUUGUGUGCUGCACAACAAAAAGUGUAGGGUUUAUACGUCGCCCUCAUGUUCGUGUCUGGGUGAAGUUUAUGAAGAUGGUCUGGAAUUGUCUACUAUGGUACAGCGACAGGACUGUAAGGUAGAGUGCUCCGUAGGAUUGGCGACACGUGGGGUCAACGGCACAUGA